CUAUUUACUUAAUUGUGUUAAGUUCUACCGGAAAUUCAUGGAUCCGCAACUCAGUGCGCUUCUCACUAGGUUAGUGAACACACUGCAAGAGCCGUCCCCAGAGUUGAAGCAACUUGCAGCAGUUGCAGGGCAAAACGGCCUAUUUUUAAAGAUAAACCGGUGGACUACAGUGUUACAGAUUUUUAUGAAAGCUAUCAACAGAGAGGAGAACAAGAGACUAAUGUCGGACGUGGAAGUGAAAAUGUGGCUAGACGACGUCAAAGAGUUGGCAGAUGAUGUGGAGGAGAUACUGGAUGAGAUUUCGAAACAAGCUUCGCGCCUCAAAAUGAUGGCUCAAACUCAGACUUCCAUGGGCAAGAAAAGUUCAUUAAACGGCCUCAUUCCUGCUUGUUUCACAAGUUCGAAUACAAGGGCUGUUGCACCGUUUGAUGAGAGUCUGAUUUCCAGAAUAAUUGAUAUAACUAGCCGAUUGGAAAAACUCGAUGCCAAAAGAGAUGCACUUCGACUAUAUGUGCUUGGUACACGCGAAUUACAGUCUGCGCCUGGUUCCAUAACCAAAACUAUUUAUGGGCGAGACAAAGAUAAAGAGAAAAUACUAGAAAUGGUGUUGAGGGAUGAAGUGAGUGAUCAUGCCAACUUUAGAGUAAUACCCAUCAUUGGCACAGCAGGAGUUGGAAAAACAACACUCGCUCGACUUGUGUAUGAUGAUAAGGCAGUGGAAGACUUCAAACCAAGAGCCUGGGUUUCCCUCUACGAAAGUUCCAAUGUUUUCAGAAUCUCCAAGGCCAUUUUAGAGUCAGUCACUUGUAAAUCCUGCAAUCUAAAGGAUUUAGAUGAAGUGCUGGUUCAACUGAAAGAAGCAACUUUUGGGAGGAAAUUCUUGUUUGUCUUAGAUGAUGUUUCGACAGAGAAUUAUGGUUUGUGGGAAACUCUAAAGUCUUCCUUUAUGGCUGGAGCACCAGGAAGCAAGAUAAUAGUGACAACCAGCAGAGUAAAUAUUGAAUUCCCAGUCAAUCUCAAUAUUCAACCUUAUACAUUAGAGGUACUGUCAGAUAAAGCUUGCUGGUCGGUCUUUGAAAUGCAUGCAUCUGAUUGGGAGUGUUUUUAUUCACUAUUAAUUCGUGAAAAAGUUAUUCAUAUGUGUAAAGGCUUACCCUUGGCAGCGUGUAUUCUUGGUGGCGUUAUAAGAUUUAAGGAUUAUGAGGAAUGGGAAUGUAUAUUGAACACUAAAAUAUGGGAUUUAGCAGAUGAUAAUGAGAUUCUUCCUGUGCUAAAGUUAAGCUACCAACAUCUUCCUUUAUGGUUACAAAGAUGUUUUGUUUAUUGUGCAAUUUUACCUGACGAUUAUGAAUUUGAGGAAAAGGAACUUGUUCUUCUAUGGAUAGCAGAAGGUCUAAUUGGCGGACAACUAGAGAAUGAGCAAAUGGUUUGUGAGCAGUUGGAAGAUAGAGGCAGUAAGAUUUUCCAAGAUCUAUUGGAAAGAUCUCUUCUUGAACAUUCAAGUAGUCAUGCUUCUAAAUAUAGAAUGCAUGACCUUGUGAAAACUAUGGCCCGAUGGAUUCAUGGAGAAACAAAUUUCGGAUUAGAAGAUGCGUCGGGGGUCAAUGAGCAACCAGAAGGUGAUGAGAAAAAUGAAUUUGAAUUUUUCUAUGAUGUUGACAACAUACGGACAUUUAUGCCAGGACUCCUAUGUAAUGAUGACAGUCAUCACAUCACUGAUGCACUUCUUUCUGAUUUGCUACCAAAGUUCAAACACUUGAGGGCGUUAUCUUUGGCGAAGCAUAGUAUUACGAAGUUACCCAAUUCAGUUAAAUGUUUGAGAUAUCUAAGAUAUGUCAACCUCUCUGGCACUAUGAUCAGAACGUUACCUGAUUCAAUAUGUUCACUACUCAUCUUGCAAAUUUUGCUAUUGAUGGAUUGCUCUCAUCUCAUUGAGUUGCCUUCCAAUUUGAGGAAACUGAUCAAUUUAUGGCAUCUUGAUAUUAUUGGUGUCAAUUUACUUAGACAAAUGCCAUCAAGAAUGAAAGAAAUGGAAAGUCUUAGAACAUUACUCAAUUUUAUUGUAGGCAAAGGUGUAGGCUCUGAUUUGAAGGAUUUGGAAAACUUAAAGUUUCUUCGUUUUAUAAGCAGCCAACAAAUCACAAUGCCCAUAAACCUGCGCUAUAUAGAUCAUGAUCUCUUUAUUAAAAUUUAA